AAAAUGGCGGCCGCGGCUAUGGAGACGUGGUGGGCCUUGCUGCUGUUGACCUUGUUGCCUGUAGUCCGGCCCUUCUAUGUUCCUGGAGUCGCUCCCAGGGACUUUCAUGAGGGUAACAUGGUAGAUAUUAAGGCAGUGAAGCUGACCAGCUCCCGCACCCAGCUUCCUUAUGAAUACUACUCCCUCCCUUUCUGUAAACCAGAAUCUGUUUUCUACAAGGGCGAGAACCUGGGUGAGGUGUUACGUGGGGACCGUAUUGUGAAUACCCUUUACAAUGUUCAGAUGAACAAAGACAAGAAAUGUGAGAUGGUGUGCAACAAGAAAAAGCUCAGCAUAGAAGAGAGCAAGCUGGUUGCUGAGCGAAUCCAGGAGGAGUAUUAUGUUCACCUUAUUGCAGAUAACCUGCCUGUUGCCACCAGGUUAGAGUAUUACCCCAACAGAGAUGCAGGAGGUGAAGAGGAGGGGAAGAAGGAUGUGGUGAAAGAUAUCCAGUUUGAACAUGGCUACAGACUGGGCUUUGUUGACAGCAACAAGUUUUAUCUGCACAACCACCUGUCCUUCAUCCUGUAUUUCCACAGGGAGAAGCUGGAAGAGGGGGAAAUUCACAACUACAGGGUGGUGCGAUUUGAGGUCGUACCUCAAAGUGUAAAAGUAGACGAUCUGAAAGCAGUGGAAAAUGAAAAGACUUGCACCUUGCCUGAGGCCAGUGGCUCCGCCCCCCAGGAGAUUGACCCAACCAAGGAGAAUGAAGUCCUUUUCACCUACUCUGUCCACUGGGAGGAGAGUGAGGUGAAGUGGGCAUCUCGAUGGGACACGUACCUGACCAUGAGCGAUGUCCAGAUUCACUGGUUCUCCAUUGUCAACUCUGUGGUGGUCGUCUUCUUCCUGUCUGGUAUUCUAAGUAUGAUCAUCAUCAGAACCUUGAGGAAGGACAUUGCUAACUACAACAGAGAGGAUGACAUAGAGGACACCAUGGAGGAGUCAGGAUGGAAGAAUGUCCAUGGUGACGUCUUCAGGCCGCCUCAGUAUCCCAUGAUCCUCAGUUCUCUGCUGGGCUCAGGGAUCCAGCUCUUCUGCAUGAUCCUUAUUGUCAUCUUUGUUGCCAUGUUGGGCAUGUUGUCUCCGUCCAGUAGGGGAGCCUUGAUGACCACUGCUUGCUUCCUUUUCAUGUUCAUGGGUGUAUUUGGUGGCUACUUUGCUGGCAGACUGUACCGCACACUGAAAGGCCAUCGGUGGAAGAAAGGAGCAUUUUGUACAGCAACUUUGUAUCCUGCAGUGGUUUUUGGAAUUUGCUUCAUCCUCAACUGUUUCAUCUGGGGAGAACAUUCCUCUGGGGCAGUUCCUUUCACCACAAUGCUGGCCCUUCUGUGUAUGUGGUUCGGUAUCUCCAUGCCCUUGGUCUACCUGGGCUACUACUUUGGCUUCCGCAAACAGCCAUAUGAUAACCCAGUACGCACCAACCAGAUCCCUCGGCAGGUCCCAGAGCAGCGCUGGUACAUGAACAAGUUUGUGGGAAUCCUUAUGGCUGGGAUCCUGCCAUUUGGUGCUAUGUUCAUCGAGCUCUUCUUCAUUUUCAGUGCCAUCUGGGAAAAUCAGUUCUAUUACCUCUUUGGCUUCCUGUUUCUGGUGUUCAUCAUCUUGGUAGUCUCCUGCUCUCAGAUCAGCAUUGUCAUGGUUUAUUUCCAGCUCUGUGCAGAGGACUACCGGUGGUGGUGGAGAACUUUCCUGGUUUCAGGAGGCUCGGCUUUCUACGUCCUCGUUUACGCCGUCUUCUACUUUGUCAACAAGCUGGACAUUGUGGAAUUCAUCCCCUCCCUCCUGUACUUCGGCUAUACGACCCUGAUGGUGCUGUCAUUCUGGCUGCUUACGGGCACGAUUGGCUUCUACGCAGCCUACAUGUUCAUCAGGAAAAUCUAUGCUGCAGUCAAGAUCGACUGAGUCAUCACCAUCGCUUCUGUUUUCGGGGUUUCUGUUUGUUUUUGUUUUGUUUGUUUGAACUUUUUUUUUUUAAUAUAUAUAUUUUUUAUUCUUCAUGUCCAACAAGCACUGACUUGUGUGUAGAGGGCACGAGAGGGGUGUUUUUCGGUGCAACAGCCCCACCCACUGGCCUCAUGGGGAAGAACAGCAAGGUGGCAGAGCUAAACCAGCUGUUCCUCUCUCCCUCUCUCCCUCGAUUCUUUCCCCCUCCUCUCUCCAAGACAGAGACUCAGAGGGAAUUCACCUCUUAUGGGACAGUUCAUUUCUUCUGCUGUUUCACCCUGCACACAACACAGUGGGCCAAAGCUUGUCAAACAAUGGUUUCUGCACAUUUGCGUUUUGUCUUUUUAUUUUGUGUCUUGAGUCUAACUUAUCCAGUUUUUUAUUUUUGUCAUUCAAGGAUUUAUAUCUGAGUUAUUUUCUUUAAAUCAUCUCCUGAGAAGCUAUUUCCAUCUACUUUCCUUUCAUAAAUUCUUUCUUUACUUUUUCCAUUGUCUCUGUUUUCAAAUGUGACUUUGGUUUCAUUUCAGAGACUUUACAGAUCAGGGAAGGAUUGGGGAGUCUAACUGUGGUUAUGGUGUUAACGUUGUUGUGUUGAACUGAUAUGGAUGGAAAUUAUGCUGGGAAGUUCUACAUUGUAAUACAAGAAAGGAUAAAUUAAAUGUUGUAUUAUUUUUUACUUCAGUUUCCAUGUCCUGGUGUGACCAUGUUAACCACAACUGUAAUCAAAAUAUUAGCCUCUCCUUCCAAAACAA